AUGCGCCGCCUUUCUGUCUCCGCCGUGCUUGCAUGCUUGCAACAGCGUGUGAACGAUUUUCUCUGCUACGACAUUUCUUCGCUUCUAGACGAAGACUCCCAGCGGCAGAUCCACCAGCUACUUGUUGAAAUUGCCAAAACCAACCCAUUCUAUGUCAAGGUCUUCUUGUCGCGGUACAUCCGUCUUCUCGAGUCACAAACAGACGUUGCCGAGGAACUCUACGAACUAGUGUGUGACAGCUCCAUACUAGGUGCAACCGAACCUUCUGCCACUGCUACAGAUGUGCUCCGUUACGGCGUGGGGUCGAAGGCCACAGUUGCCAUCCGAGAAAACCCAAAAGUCAUUUCUGGCCACGGCACCACGGGUCUCCGAACAUGGGAAGCUGCGCUCUAUCUACUGAACAUGCUCAAUACUCCGGGUGCUCUAGGACCUUUGGACUUGAAGGGACGCCGCAUAGUGGAGUUGGGAGCAGGCACGGGCCUAGUGUCGUUGGCACUUCUCCAACAAAAGGAUGUGCACCAAUUUUCACACAUCAUCGUGACAGAUGGAGACACUGCGCUAGUGGAAAACCUUCAACCGACAUUUGCCCUUAAUGGGGUCCAACUUCAUCGCGGAGACAAAGAUGAUGGAGCAGAAGGGCAAGCAGACGAAAUGCAGAGCGGAAAUCUCUGUGGCUCGGAACCUUGUGCCUUUGCCCAGCAACUUCUAUGGGGCACCACAAAUAGACAAUCUUCUUCGUUCAUCCAGGAAGCGCCUCAGGCCGAUAUUGUGGUCGCAGCUGAUGUGACGUAUGACAAGCUGAUUGUUCCACAGCUUUGCGACACUAUAGGAGACUUUCUUGUGGGAGGAACCACAGCCGUUUUCGUUGCGGCCACGGUUCGAAACCUUGAGACGCUAGAGGUGUGGGAAAAAGAGCUUGAUCGCCGCUUUGUGUGGAGAACGCAAUGUGUGGCGUCGGACCCACAUCUGUUGGAGAUGGACUGUUGGUUCAAGAAGGGCACCCCAGAAAUUCGAAUCUACCACAUCUCUGGAGUGAUUUCUAGAGUUGAGGCUAGUUGA